CUCCCAUUUCCAAGAAUGCCAGGGAUAUUCGCUAAUGGCGACGGACUGGUAGCUACAGUCCAGCUGUCGGGUGAGCUGGCCAGGUGUACCAUGGUUUGGCAGGUGAAAACUGCAGUGGUGGCAGACAGAGUGGAGGAGACCCAGCAGGGGGCGCUGCAGAGUGCUGUUGGAAUGACCGAUGCCUUCAACACGCUCAAGUGCACUGAGCACCUGCCCUCCUCUGACAGAUGCCCUUCCAGUGAGAGUCAUGUGGAGUAUGAUGACCUCCCCGAGCUGCAGGAGGUGCAGGAGGAGGUGCAGGAGACCCGGCCAUCCCCAGGGGUGUUCCAGGUGGAAGUGGGCGUGUCCCAUCAGGAGGGACCGUCGGACACCUGCAGGCCCGCCCUUAAAAGUGACUUCCCCGACACAAACUGGCUGACAGAGCUGGCCAACAUUGCCACAAGCCCCCAGAGUCCUCUGCUACAGAGCUCCUCCCACAAGAGGUCCCCUCCUGUACACAUCAUAGCCACUAGCAGCAGUUUACAUUCCUAUGCUCGGCCCCCCUUGGCCUCCAGCAGUGAACUCAGCCCCACCCACGCCCGGAGUCACAGGAGAGAGCGCAGGCACCUCAGGGCCAGAAGUGCGUCAGAGUCUGCAAUUUCCUGCACGUCUUCCUUCUCGGGUGAAGAGGCCGUGGGGUGGUCCCAAUCCUGGCCACCCACAGUCUGGCACUGCUUCCUGAAAGGCACACGCGUGCGGUUCCAGAGGAGGCGGGGCCUGGAGUGGCACGAUGUGGAGGACCUGUGUGACCCCGGCGAUGAGUCUGAGGAUGAGACAGAGAUGCCAAGCCACACACUCAAGAGCUAUGGCUCAGAAGGUCUGAAGCUGGUGGCACACGACGAGGCCGUGUCUUCUGGCCAGUCGGUUCUGAAGCUGACCUUUGACCCCGGCUCCACAGUAGAUGGGCUUCUGACCACAGAGUGCAGCCUGGGCCAUCCUUUUUACGUGAAAAAUAAAGGAUGGUCCUCCUUCCACCCGAGCCUGACGGUGGUGCAGCACGGGAUCCCCUGCUACGAGCUGCAGCUGGGGGACCUGUGCCUGCCUCCUGGCCACCGCGACUCCAUCAGCUGCGACCACUCCGUGGUCUUCCGCACCUUCAGGAGUUUCCACUUCACCCCGCUGGACUCGGCCGCCGUGUACGUGCUGAGCAGCAUGGCCCGCCAGCGCCGCGCCUCCCAGACCAGCGGGGGUGCCGUUCAGAGACCGGGGCGGGACUCCCAGCCCCCCCGCCCCUCCCAGUCCCGCCACAGCAAUGCCAAGAGGAGCCACGCCCCCAGAACUCCCAGCCCUGCCACGCCCACAAAGUGCAAGCGGCCAAUGAACGCCUUCAUGCUCUUUGCCAAGAAAUACAGAGUGCAGUACACACAGAUGUACCCUGGGAAGGACAACAGGGCCAUCAGUGUGAUCCUGGGGGACAGGUGGAAGAAGAUGAAGCAGGAGGAGAGGAGGACGUACGCCCAGGAGGCCAAGGAGCUCGCAGAGGAACAGAAACGGCUCAACCCCGACUGCUGGAAGCGCAGGAGAACCAGCUCAGAACCGCAGCAGAACUGAACGCACCGGCCACUAUGGAAAUGUACACCAGCUACCCUGCCACAGGCACUUUACUGUCACUUUACCUUCUACUCCAUACAGACUUUACACAGCAGCCAUAAACCACACACUAAUAUGCUGAAUCGUUUCCUCCUGUUUUAAUGACAGAAAUGCCUUAUUCUUCCAAAGAAAGAUGUCACUCAGUGCUACUUCAGGUGAAUUUUUACGCUUUGAAUUUAUCAGGUAAAUAUUGUAGGCUUGAAACAAUGAGAUCCUGUGGUGCUAAUGUGUAGUGGGAGGUGGAGCUGUACAUGUCAGUGUAUUUCUGUGUGUUUCCGUGUAUUUCUGUGUGUUUCAGUGUGUUUCAGUGUAAAAAGGGGAAAUGGAAAUGCUUUCUUUUCUCUGUCCAUGGGAGGAUGUUGUGUAUCUCAGUGUAUACUGCAGCACGGUGACUGCUUUCCCUGUCUGCCGUAGGGCUGGAGG